AUGAGUCGACAAAUAUAUGUUGGCAGAUUGGGAUAAAAAACUUCAAGGGAGGAUUUACAGAAAGAGUUCUAGAGAUAUGGGAAAAUCAAGGAUAUUGAUUUACGAAGCACACAUGCCUUUAUUGAGUUCGAAGGUCGUGAUGAUGCUAAGAAAGCAAUAUCGUAAAUGGAUGGCAAGCGAAUUGGUGGUGAUCGUAUCACUGUUAAAUCAAGAGAUAAUCGACAUUUAGGAGCAAAUGGACCAACAGCCAGAGAUGUGUGUUUCAAUUGUGGGCGUAAAGGUCAUUGGGCGAAUGAUUGCAAAGAAGGCGAUUUACGUGACACAUGUUACAGAUGCUAUCAGAAGGGCCAUUUAAGGAAGGAUUGUCCAAAGUCACGAACUCCAAGUGUUACAAGAAAGUCGAGAAGAGACACCAAAAAGAGAAGAUCAACAUCUUCUUCUAAGUCCUCAGAUUCUUCAUCAAAAUCGAGAAGGAGAAGUAGAAACCAAAGGAAACCUCGUCAUUAAAGAAGUGAGAGUCCUAAAUCAUCCAGUGAAAGUGCAAAUGUUUCUCAUUCAUCAAGAAGUUCAAGCUAAAAUGGUUGACAUACAUAUAUAUAUUUAGUAUAAUUUACAUCACAGAUAUUAUA